CUCGACUUGCAUUGACCUGUAGGAAUACAGCUUUGGCUCAUCUUUUUCUCUCUUUCGCAAUGGAUGAUAUACUACCUAGCUCUGGAGAGGAGUACCUGCGCAUGGUUAGAGCGCAAGCAAAAUCAUUCCCCGUAGUUGUGGUAGCUCCCCAAGCACAAGAGUAUCUUUCCACCAAGAACACAUCUUUAAAAUAUAAGACAGAUUGGAACUCCUGCCGGCCUGCGCCAGAGGGCUGCGCCCCCAUUAAAGAAUGGAAGGAGAACUUCAUGAAAGAAUUUGAGUUGGAAAGAGCGCGUUUGAAGAAAUACAAGUCAUUGUUGGCUCAAAGAAAUCGUUUUGACAAAAGAAACGCAUCGUCAUCCAAGAGCUGUAGUGAUCAAGAACAAAGGACUCAGUCUAUACCUCUUUUGAUUAUGGCGUCACAUGAUACACCAUUGCCACAUAUGUUUGAUGAGCAACAAUGGCGCGUAUUGUUAUAUGGAGCUACAAGGGUUCCAACUGUUGCUGCUGCUGCUGCUACGCCUGUUACUGUUGAUACGAGCGUGGUAACAGUUCCUAACGAGGUAGAUAUCAAGGAAUCGACAUUCCUAUCAGACACGACAGUAUCAAUAGAAAAUGCAACGACAAUGACAGCUACUGCUAGCUUUCCUACAGAGGAGGAAGAACCAUCACUGCAACAAGAUGUCAAGUUGGCUCCACAAGAUGCAUCUAUAUCGGACGUAGUGCCAGUGGCAGCAGCAGCAGAGCUCCGGCCUCUGGUAGAAUCACUGUCUCAACCACUAGCCUCACCAUCACUAUUGCCAUUGCCAUUGCCAAUACCAGUACCUGCAACAUCAAAGUUGACAAAAGCACAAGGGAUGAUGCCACAUCCUCUAUUCUUGGGGAAAUGGCUUUAUGCACUGUUCCUGAAGCUCGAUCCUCUACUAGAAUCGGACCAAGUGUCGAUCCUAAGGAGCAUGGCUAAAAAAUGCGCACGAAUCCGAUCACAUCUCAACGUAAGCAUUCAUUUAAAUGCAUGCGUGCGUAACCACUUGGCUAGUAUCUAAUAGCACAGGCGGGAAGGGGGAGGAAAAAAAAAAAAUUGUUUGAUAAUAAUGCUUGUUCAGUAGGACCAUAGAUUGCGCAAUACAGGAAAAAAAAAACGGUCGUGGUCCUACUGUUCCCUGACCAACAAAGAAGCCCUAUUUUAAUUCAGAAGAAAUUGAUAGUGUUUAAUGCUUAUUGGUAAAAAGAGAUAUAUAUGCUAAUCUAUUUUUCUGCUGGAUUUUUCCUUUUUUCAUAUCUGUAUACUUUAUUUUUUUCAUUAGGUCCACUCUGGAAGCAAGCUCGCUACUGUCAAUAUGGUUAUUACCAUCGUAGCCCAGUUGUUUGGGCAGAGCGACUUGGAG